GAGGAGGAUGGGGCCAGCGGCUGGAUGCAGGACAACUUCCUGGAGCUGGGUGACGCCUACCUCAUUGUCUGCUCGGUGACCAACCGGGACAGCUUCCAGAGGGCCGGAGAGCUGAGGGAAAGGCUCAGGGUCCGGAGGCCCGGGGAGGACAUCCCGGUCAUCCUGGUGGGUAACAAGAGUGACCUGGUCCGAUCGAGGGAGGUGACAGUGGAAGAUGCCCAGUCCCGAGCUGCUUCGUUCGAUUGCAAAUACAUCGAGACGUCGGCUGCUCUUCACCACAACACCCGGGAGCUGUUUGAGGGGGUGGUGCGUCAGCUGAGGCUGCGGAAGGAGCGCCGGGCCCCGGGGGAAGGGCCGAGCUGCCGGGCGUGGGAGCCUCGGCUCCAGAGUGUGGGCGAGAGGGCGCGGCGCUUCCUGAGGGGUCUGGUGGGCGGAGGCAACCGAGGAUUCUUUCGGCAGCGCUCCAAGUCCUGCAACGACCUGAGUGUCCUCUGA